AUGGCUCCUGGGUACCCCCCUACCACUCGAGUGCGUCAAUCUUACAAUGACCCACAAAAGUGCAAAAUAGCACAAUGCAAGGAGAAUGACGAGCAAAGCUAUCGGUACUCCGGCCUACAUGAAGCCCAUCAGGCCGAUGAAAGUGAACAUCUUGCAAGACCUCAAGGAAUUUCUUGGACGGGAUUACAAUAA